CACACACACACACACUGAGAGAGAGAGGAAGGUGAGGCUGAGCUUUCCCUGCGCACCUCUGGAUCGGACCCGCAGAACCCGCAGAACCCGCAGGACCCGCAGGAGGGGAUCCUUCCUCCACCCGCAGCUCUGCGUCAAAGGUUCCUGAACCUGACCUGUGACCCUCCUGUGACCUUUGACCUGUGAACAUGGCGGUCCGUGAAAUUCUUCGGUUUGGGUCAGACAGUCACAGGGAUCCAGAUCCGGCAGCAGCGGCGCUUUAAGAUUCGGUCCAGACGCUCUUCUUCUUCUUCUGUGCGUCUGUGACUGAGCCGCCGUCCAGCAUGCGUCCAUCCCUCGCCACCGCGGUCCUCCCACCCAGGACCCGCUCCCACAAUCCCCCCAACCUGCCGGUGGGAGGCCGCGAACACCUGUCGGCCCCCCGCCGGCGCAGCCCCCACCUGCGCCACACGCUGAGCCCGGAGAACCUGCGGACGCUGGCGGAACGCGGCGGGGCGGCCGUGGACGCCGCCUCCGUCAUCGGCGGCCCAGUCGGACUCACGAGGGCCAACAGCGACACCGACCUGGUGACCUCGCAGAGCCGCUCCUCGCUCACGGCGUCCACGCUGGAGUACACACUGAACCGCGGCCAGAACCUGGUCAUCACCUGGGACAUCAAGGAGGAGGUGGACGCCACCGACUGGAUCGGGCUGUACCACAUCGAUGAGACCAGUCCAUCCAACGUGUGGGACUGCAAGAACCGAGGCGUCAACGGGACCCAGAGGGGCCAGAUCGUCUGGAGGCUGGAGCCCGGACCCUACUUCAUGGAGCCGGAGACCAGGAUCUGCUUCAAGUAUUACCACGGGGUGAGCGGAGCCCUGAGGGCGACGACUCCCUGCAUCACUGUGAAGAACCCGGCGGUUCUGGUGGAGGGUCUGGCAGAGCAGGUCGGCGUUGAACAUCCACGGAAACUCAUCAGCUUCACUUUAACCGAUCUGCGCUCCACCGGCUUGAAGAAAGGCAUGUUUUUCAAUCCGGACCCGUACCUGAAGAUGUCCAUCCAUCCUGGGAAGAGAAACAUCUUCCCGGUCUUCAGCCACCACGGACAGGAGCGCCGGUCGGCCAUCAUCGCCAACACCACCAACCCCGUCUGGCACGGCGAGAAAUACACGUUUGUGGCGCUGAUGACGGACAUCCUGUACAUCGAGGUGAAAGACAAGUUUGCUAAAAGUCGUCCAAUCAUCAAGCGUUUCCUGGGUCAGCUGGCCAUUCCUGUGCAGCGGCUCAUCGAGAAGAUUCCAGGGGUCCAGCCGGUCAGCUUCCCGCUGUGCCGCCGCCUGCCCACCGAACACGUCAGCGGCCAGCUGCAGUUCCGGGUGGAGCUGACGUCCACGGGGCCCGAUGGUGCCUCGCCGGACUCCAUCAUCGGCCUGUCGCCGCUGAACGGCGCCCCGGGAACGCCGUCAGACGACGAGGACCUUCCCCAUCCGUUGCCAGGCGUGGUGUCCGCCGGCCUCUCCCCCACCGGCCCUCAGGGGCCCCAUGGCCUGUGGGAAGGCGGGGCCGCCGCCCUGCCGGAGAAGGAGCUGCCCGCCGUGCGUCCGGCGCGCUUCGUGGAGGCGACGGCACUUUGUGAGCGCUCCAUCCUCCAGCGGUCGCUGAGCGAGGGUCUGGACGCCAUCGAGGCCCCGAAGGGGCCCGGUGAGAGGCCCCUGGGCGCCGCCUCACCCAGGCUGUGCUCCAGCUUCCCCACGCACACCCGGCUCAGCGGCAUCCUGCACAUCGACUCCGACGAGGACGAGGAGCGCUCUGCCAUCAACGAGCUGCCGCCAUCGCCACUGCUGCUGAAUGGAGAGCCUGCUGAUGGCGGCGGCGGGCUGGGCGGCGUAGGGCCCGACGAUGACGACCUGUUCCUGGUGGAACCGGAGCUCCCGCUGCAGGGGGCGGAGGGAGGGCCUGGGGACGCCCUGGGUGCAGAGCUGGGUCUGGAGCUGGAUGACAGUUUGGAGCCAGAGGUUUUCCUAGAGGUGGAGGAGGAGCAGAAUGUUACCCAUGAUGCUUUGCCAGAGGCUGUGGAGGCUCCGGAACAGAAAGGGGCGCCAGGCGAAGACCCUACGUCAGAGAUGGAUUCCUUCUCCAUGGCAACGGCUCCUCAGACCGCCGGCUCCUCAUCAGACAGCGGAGCGGUUACCAUGGCUACCGCUGUGGAAGCCGAUGAAGGAGCGACGACAGCCAUCGAUCCGGGGGGAGACGGGGAGCCCUGCCCGCCGCCGACCUCCCAACCUGGGGAUGAUGAGGAAGAGGAGGCAGGAGGAAGAGCGGCGGCCUCCGAGGUCGAAGCAGAUCCUCCGGCCGCCAGCGAGCCGCCGCAGGAGGAAGAGGAGGAGGAGGAGGUCGGCGUGAGGAGGCAGAGCCUGCAGGCCGCGGGCGGCUGUCAUGACGGACAGGAAGUGGCGGAGACCAAGACUCGGGAGGAGGGGGGGUCUGUGGAGCACGUUACCACGGAAACAGACAGGGAUGAAGACGCUCCUGUUAACGGCCAUCCGGUCCGAUCGCUGCCCUCGGUGCGCCACGACAUCCACCGCUACCAGAGGGUGGACGAGCCGCUGCCCCCCAGUGAGUACUGGGAGGCUCGGAUCGACAGCCACGGCCGGAUCUUCUUUGUGGAUCAUGUGAACAGGACGACCACGUGGCAGCGGCCCACCGGACCGCCCGCCCCGCAGGGCCUGACCCGCUCCAACUCCAUCCAGCAGAUGGAGCAGCUCAACCGCAGAUACCAGAGCAUCAGGAGGACCAUAACCAGCAGCGAGCGGUCAGAGGAAUCCUCCGCUGAGCUGCCGGAGCCGGAGGGAGAACUGAUGCCUCACUCCAUCUCCGAAUAUCGCAGAGAAAGCGCCGUGGCUCACUCCAGCGGCCGUUCACGCCUCUCCCUGCUGCUGCAGUCGCCCAGUGCCAAGUUCCUGUGCAGCCCAGACUUCUUCACCGUGCUGCAUUCAAACCCCAGUGCCUACCGCAUGUUUACGAGCAACACCUGCCUGAAGCACAUGAUCAGCAAGGUGCGGCGGGACGCUCACUACUUCGAGCGCUACCAGCACAACCGCGACCUCGUGACCUUCCUCAACAUGUUUGCCAACAAGCAGCUGGAGCUCCCUCGCGGCUGGGAGAUGAAGCACGACCACACUGGGAAGCCUUUCUUUGUGGAUCACAACUGUCGGUCGACGACCUUCAUCGACCCCCGGCUGCCUCUGCAGAGCUCGCGUUCUACCGGGCUGCUGGCCCACCGCCAGCACCUGAGCCGCCAACGGAGCCACAGCGCCGGGGAGGUGGUGGAUGACUCCCGGCAGAGCGGCCUGCCCGCCAUGCCCCGGCCCUCCAGCACCUUCAGCGGGUCCAGCCGCAGCCCGUACCACGACGUGGUUCCUGUGGCCUACAACGACAAGAUAGUGGCGUUUCUACGGCAACCCAAUAUCUUUGAGGUCCUGCAGGAGCGGCAGCCCGAGUUAGCCAGGAACCACUCCCUAAAGGAGAAGGUCCAGUUCAUCCGCAGCGAGGGCGUCAACGGACUUGCCCGUCUGUCCAGCGACGCCGACCUCGUCAUGCUGCUCAGCCUGUUUGAGGAGGAAGUGAUGUCAUACGUGCCGCCGUUGCUCCACCCAGGUUACAGCCUGUCUUCUCCUCAGAGCUCUCCAGGAACGCCGCGCGCCAACGCGCGAGCGCCCGCUCCGUACAAGAGAGACUUCGAGGCGAAACUGAGGAACUUCUACCGGAAGCUGGAGACGAAGGGCUACGGGCAGGGGCCGGGGAAAGUCAAGCUCAUCAUCCGCAGAGAUCACCUGCUGGAAGACGCCUUCAACCAGAUCAUGUGUUAUUCCCGUAAAGACCUGCAGAGGAGUAAACUCUACGUCAGCUUCGUCGGCGAGGACGGGCUGGACUACAGCGGACCGUCCAGAGAGUUCUUCUUCCUGGUGUCCAGAGAGCUCUUCAACCCGUACUACGGUUUAUUCGAGUAUUCGGCCAACGACACGUACACGGUCCAGAUCAGCCCCAUGUCCGCCUUCGUGGACAACCACCACGAAUGGUUUCGGUUCAGCGGGCGGAUUCUGGGCCUGGCUCUGGUUCAUCAGUACCUGCUGGACGCGUUCUUCACUCGCCCGUUCUAUAAAGGCCUUCUGCGCAUCCCGUGUGACCUCAGCGACCUCGAGUUCCUGGAUGAGGAGUUCCACCAGAGCCUGCAGUGGAUGAAGGACAACGACAUCGAGGACAUGCUGGACCUCACCUUCACCGUCAACGAGGAAGUCUUUGGACAGAUCACGGAGAGAGAGCUGAAGCCCGGCGGGGCGGGAAUCCCCGUGUCUGAGAAGAACAAGAAGGAAUACAUCGAGCGGAUGGUGAAGUGGCGCAUCGAGCGCGGCGUGGCGCAGCAGACCGAGAGCCUGGUCCGAGGAUUUUAUGAGGUGGUGGAUGUGCGGCUGGUGUCGGUGUUUGACGCCCGGGAGCUGGAGCUGGUCAUCGCAGGAACAGCAGAGAUCGACCUAACCGACUGGAGGAACAACACCGAGUACAGAGGAGGUUACCAUGACAACCACAUAGUGAUCCGCUGGUUCUGGGCGGCUGUGGAGCGGUUCAACAACGAGCAGAGGCUGCGGCUGCUGCAGUUCGUGACGGGAACGUCCAGCGUUCCUUACGAAGGUUUCGCCUCGCUGCGAGGAAGCAACGGACCGCGCAGGUUCUGCGUGGAGAAGUGGGGGAAGAUCACGUCUUUACCCAGGGCUCAUACCUGCUUCAACCGGCUGGACCUGCCUCCCUACCCGUCCUUCUCCAUGCUGUAUGAGAAGCUGGUGACGGCCGUGGAGGAGACCAGCACCUUCGGUUUGGAGUAACUCCGGAGCGUCUGGAAAUCCCAUGCUCUCGUUGAGGAGAAUCAGAGAAGAAGAAACAGACGGUGUACCAACCUGCUGCUCCUCCGUCGCUCCGGUUCUCUGAGGAGACGGACGGAGAACCAGAACCGCUGGAUGUUGUAAAGUUUCUCGUUUCAUGUGAACCCGUUUCUGUCACUGAGCCACAUGUGUGCUUUAUCUCAGCAGCCGCUCCGGCCGACCUUCACACUGGGGUUACCUGCACUCACUCACCUGUUCGCACAAACCGGACCCGCUCCUGGAGGACGGGCCGGGUUCUGAUGGGUUUGGUUCUGGAGAGCCUGGUUCUUUCCACACCUGUCUGAUGAGCAAUACUUUCACUUCCUCCCAGUGGAAACUCCACUUCCUCCUAACAGAUGACAUCACUUCCCACGCAGUGGCGAAUGUACCAAACCUGCGGCUGAAUGUACGAGUCCAGAACACCAGAAGGUUCUGGACGGCCGGAGCUGGACGGGCCGGAGUCAGAACAUAAUGAAUGCCAUAGUAAAUAUUACCUGGUUCUGUUCAGGCUUAGAAUGAGGUCAAAGGUUCUCAGCUUUGGGACCGGGUUCUGGUUCUGCUCAGUUCUGCUGGGUUUGGAUCCAGGUUCUGCUGACGACCCAGUUCAGACCCAGCUGCAGUGGUGGGUAAGCUCCCAGUAAUGCGCUAAACGCAGAUCUGGUUUCUCUUUUAGUGCUUUUGCUAACUUUCAAUAUGUUUAGCACAGUUAGCUUCUGCUAAGCUAUUUUUUUCAGAUAAACUCCAAAGCCAUUGUUUACUGGGUUGUUUUAAUAAAGUUAUCGACUGUUAAGAAUAGUUCAAGUAGUUUAUUUUCUCAUUUUGAAGUAGCAGCAGUUUGUUUCCUUUCUGUUUAUGAUUAGCGCAUCGGCAUUAGCUUCUGCUAAAUCACAUGUUGAUUUUGUAUUAGCUGAACUAGUGUUUGUGAUUAGCAUGAACCUCUGUUCCUGUUGAUGUAGCGCUUUAGUGUUAGCUUCUGCUAAGCAUCACAUCGUUACAACUCUGUAGCAUUAGUGGAAGUAACAGCUGAGUUAGCGUUGCCCACCACUGGACAGCUGCUCCUCUAAGGUCACUGCUGAUGUUUUUCCAUUUUGGUGUCGCGCUAACACACCUAAGCUCUCCGGAGCUGCAGCUAGCUGCGCUAACACACCUGGGCUCUCCAGUGCUGCAGCUAGCUGGUGCGUCUGACCUCUUGAUGACGUUUGGUCAGAUGUCGCCUGAUUCUCUGUCCGCCGUCUUCAGCCCGGAUGUUUCUGUGAAGCUCAGGUGAGUUUCUGAAUGUGAGGUUUGUUUUUGUCCCAGUGCCUCUGAUGGUUUCCUGUUCCUAACUGGGACACAUGGACGUUUCUGGGACAUGUCCUCAGUAAAACGCUGCUCUUUGUCCAAAAUGUAAGAUAAAACAUCCGUCUGUCCUCCCGCUGGAGACGCUGCAUGUUAGAUCUACGGAAGCCUGUUGGAGUCAGACCACAGGAGCCACGGUGGUUUCACUAUCCUCCCAGUGCUCCCAGUCUUCCCAGUCUAAUCCUGCAUGCAGGGUCUGUCCGGUGCGGCUCCGUGAGCUGCUCCUGGCAGAGACCACUAGGUGGCGCUGUGUUGUAGCUCCAUGUUGCAUGCUGAAGUAGUGCCGCCUUUCUAGCUCCUGUGCAUGAGGAUUCCUGCUCUCCAUUGACGGAUCUGGGUCAGGUUCUGGUGAAGUCGGUUCGGGUCGGCCCGCCGGGCCAGCAUGGUUCUGAACCGUCUAUCUUAGUAAUGAGCUGACUGGACUGGGGUUCGAAGAACCGUGUACAGAACCAUGAGUCUCUGUGUGUAAAUGUCUGUCUGUCUGUUGUGUGAAAAUAUCUCCGUUUUGCACCGAUUGUACCAAAGGUUCGGGCCUGGCGGAGCGGACCGGGAGGCCGGUUCUGGUCCGGUCCGACUCAUCUCAUGUCUGGGGAACUUUGUGCAUGAGGAACCUCGGGUUCCGGUCGGACCUGGAGGUUCCAGAACAUUUCCACUUUUCAGAACUCCACUCUAUGCAAGGCGCCUGUAUGUUUGUCUCCAUUUCACUUCGAUGGUAAUAAAGAACCCGGAGGAGCAUUUGAUACGACAGGCGGACUCUUCUUCUUCUGGUCAGAACCAAGCAAUCAUCAGAACCUCUCAUUUACCUUUUCUUUGUCUUUUCUAGAUAUAUUUUUGAAGAAUUAAAAUUUUCAUCUAAACAAAUACUGAUUUAGAAAAUAGUAAAAACAAAAUUUCCAAAUAAAUAUUCUUUAAAGUAAAACAGGGAGCAGAGAGAAACUGGCUCAUCCAGGUUGACUGAAACAAAAUAUUAAAAACAUAAAUUUAUAUACAGAGGAACCCAGACUAGACAAAACACAAGAUUAGAAAUAAUUCAUAAAUUUACUCAAUUAAAAGUAGCAAUCCAAGAAAUUAAGUUUUUAAAAAAACUCAGAGUAAAAAAGUAUUUGGUAAAAAGUUAAGUACUGAUAACUGAUCAAAUUAUCAAUUGUUUAAUAUCUAAUCAUCAGAUGGACCACAAUAUAAAGUUUAAAUUUAGGUAUUUUAUGGAUCAAAAUGAUAAAAUCAGGCAGAAGAAAAUGUUUCUCAAUGAGUUUCGUUGAGUAAAAUGAAAGUUGAACAGAAGCUGCAGGUCUGAGUGUUUCUGCUUCAGGAAGUCCAGAAACUUUCCUGUUAACUUCAGUUAUGAAGUCAAUGAGGUAAAAGUAAAAGUACAGCGUAGUAAAAAUACUCCUAAAAGUACGUUUUUAAAGAAAUGUUACUCAAGUAAAAGUAACUAGUUACUCUGUGAAGAUUUAAAUACGUGGCUGGACCUGCAGGUCAGAGCUUAAUGCUCACAAUGUUUCAUCAUGAUUCCAGUUGAACUGUUCAGCUGAAUAUGUCUGGACUUUGACUAGGCCUUCAUUUAGUUUCUUUGAGCCUUUUGGAUCUUCAGGAUCCAUCAGCAUCACUCUGCCACCACCGUGCUUCACUGCAGCCUUCGUCCUUCCAGAACAUUCUCCCAGAUGAUCAGGAUGUUGGAUGUUUUCUGGUUCUGUUGGACCUCCUGGAUGAGCUGCUGGUUCUGCUCUGCAGAUUAAGAUCCCUGAUUACAUCUGGACUUAAAUUUGAAAAAAAAAAAUGAUUUACUCAUUUAAUUCCAGCUGGAAAACCUUCCAAAGUGAUUAAAAUAAAUGAUUUCUGAACAGAAGAAUGGCUCACAGCGACAUUAAAGAAUCAUUUUUGAAUUUC